AUGGAUCGGCAUGGCUCCCCAAACCUUGGUCCGCGAAACGAUGGCACAUCCCGAGUCCAGAAACCCGACACUUCAUCCGACAAGGCAGCCAAGCUUGCCGCCCUCAAGGCCCGUGUGUCGGCCGCCAUCGGUGGAACCAAGGCGAAGGGAGGGCUGAACGUUGGCCUCCACCCGGUUCUCGAGGACCUCGGACAAUGGAAGCCCUCCAGUAAAACCAACAAAACCAACAAACCUAACGAUUCGAGAUCGGGCCCGGCCUCCUCCAGCUCGCGAGCGCGGAAUGACAAUGUGAGAGACCAGCCUAAGCAGCACAAGUCUCUCGACCUUUCCGCGCCCUCGCAAGAAGAGAUCAAAUCCAACCCCUACUACGACGCGAGCCUAGGCGGUCCCGUCGCCAAGCCGCGGCAGGCGCGCCACCUCGUCUUCAACCAGAAGGGCAAAUACAUCCAGCAGGCGAAUGCCUUGCGGCGCCAGGCCGCGCUCGAGGCCUUGAAGAAGAAGAUAGCUGCUCAGACCCGUAAGGCCGGCAUCGACGAGGACAUAGAUGUCGAGAAGAAUUAUCUCGUCGAAGCCCCGCCGGAUAUCGAGUGGUGGGACGAAGGACUCGUCGAUGGCAAGAACUACGACGACAUCGACAACCCCCGAUCCCUCAAGAUCGACACAGAAGACACCAUCAUCACCAGCUAUAUACAGCACCCCGUUGCUAUAGAACCGGCCCAGGACCAGCACAUGCCCGCACCGAAACCCAUGUACCUUACAUCAACCGAGCAGGCGAAGCUGCGGAGACAGCGCCGGAUGGCCGACAUGAAGGAGGAGCAGGCCAAGAUUCGACUGGGCCUGGUCCCGGCACCGCCGCCAAAGAUCAAAAAGGGCAACCUGAUGCGUGUGCUGGGGGAGGAGGCCGUCAAAGACCCCACGGCUGUCGAGGCCCGGGUCAACCGCGAGAUCGCCGAUCGACACACGAAGCACGUAGAGACCAAUGAGAAGAGAAAGUUGACCCAAGAACAGAAGCAUGAAAAAUUGGCCAAAAACCAGGAGAAGGAUGUAGCCAAAGGCGUGCACAUGCUGGUCUUCAAGGUAGACAGUCUGGCCAACGGGCAGCACCGGUUCAAGAUCCACAAGAAUGGCGAGCAGUUCGGCCUCAUGGGUUUGGUCAUCAUGAAUCCAAAGCAGAAUCUGAUCAUCGUCGAGGGAGGUGAGUACGGCAUCAGACAGUACAAGAAGCUGAUGCUCAACCGCAUCGACUGGGCCGAGAACACGCCCUCGAGGGGCAAGGACGUUGAGAACGAGGGGUUGAAGGAUUGGCUGAGGGCCGAGGACGAGAAGGGUGAUCUGAAGGACCUGGGGCUCAACAAGUGCCAGCUGCUAUUCGAGGGCGAGGUCAAGGCACAAGCCUUUCACUCACUGAAGUCCCGUGUCUGCGAGACGGAUGUAGAGGCGAGGCAAGCCCUUUCCCGGGCCAAGUUGGAGAGCUUCUGGAACCGGGCCAAGUCGACUCAAUAG